GCCUUCCAGUCAGUUUGCCUCACGUGUUAAGCUGACCAGGUUGUGUCUGUCUCCUAUGUCAGUGAGACUCGCUUUGACGGCGUGCGUUGACAUUUUUUCCCUUUUUCCCCCUCUUCUGUUUUGCUUCUCCGUCCGUCGUACGUGCUGGGGGUCCGUGACAGUUCUCCGGUUGUCAGUGUAGUGCGAGGAGACGUCUGCCGGGCGGUGCAGUGUACUUCAGUGUCAAAGCAGGCAACCGAACCCAGGAUGGCGCCGAUACCAGACGAACACCAGAGUUCCAGCGUCAACAUGAGACCAGGCGUCGAGAUCCCGGAGGAGGGGCAGCAGGAGAAUAGGAAGGGCAAGGAGACAGAGUCGUGUCUCGGGAAGGAUGCUGUGUCAAAGGAACCCUUUCCCAUGUUAGAGAUGCUGGCACGGAAUAUCCGUACGUCGGCUAAGGGGGACCUCGGAGAAUCCGCUGAAAAUACUUGUUCUCCGACUCUGGCUCCUUACACUGACUACCAAUCAGGAUGCUGCUACAGUCCCUACCUCGGCCCUUAUAUACGACAGGUGACAAUGGCCAUAGUGGCGUGCCUGGCAGGGGUAUCAGUGGGCAUGAUCCACGCAUACCCUGCCGUAGCUCUGCCCCGCUGGGAGGAAAUGGGUACGCCUCUACCCACGGUGCAGGCAACGUGGUUCGCGUCGACACCCAUGGUCGUGAGUAUGCUGGCGUGCGUGGGAUCCGGAGUCUUGGUAGAGAGCCUGGGGACGAGGAGGAUCCUGCUCAUCUCCCUGCCCUUCCUCGCCCUUUCCUGGAUCAUGAUCGCCAUAGUCCACCACUUCUGGGUCCUGCUGGUUGCCAGGAUCAUCCAGGGUGUCGUUGCCGCUCUGUACAUGGUGGUGAUCACGGUGUACCCUGCGGAGGUGAGCGUCCCGCGCUGGAGAGGCAUGACCAUGUGCGUGUCGGAGGCCAUGGUUAUGCUGGGCGUGUUCCUCACGUACCUGGCCGGCCUCAUCCUGCAGCCCUCGCCCUUGGCCUACAUGAUCGCCGCCUCGCUCGUCCCGCAGGCCGUGUGCUUCUACUACCUCCGCGAAGCCCCCCUGUGGCUGGCCAGGCAGGACCGCGACGAGGAGACGGCCGCCUCCCUGGCCUGCCUCAGGGGCCCGCUCGCCGACAUCACGACGGAGCUUGAGCAGAUCAAGUCGUCGGUUCUCACGGAGCGAAUCCAGAAGCCCACCGCGUCCGAGCAGCUGCUGCUCCUCAGGAAGCCGACCUACCUGAAGCCCCUGAUCCUGUCCGUGCUCGUGCUGCUCUUCAAGGAGCUGACGGGGCAGUACGCCGCCAUGGCCUACACCGUCCAGAUCUUCAAGAUGGCCGGCUCGUCGCUCGACCCCUACCUGUGCACCGUGGUCAUGGGCGCGGCGCGCUUCCUCCCCUGCUUCGUGUCGUGGCUCCUGAUCGAGCGCCUCCCGCGGCGCCUCCUGCUGUCGUCCUGCAUGACCCUCGCGUCCUUUGCACUGGCGACGCUGGGAGCUUUCCUGUGGUUCUGGUCCCUGAAGGAGGAGCCCCUGCCGGAGUCCCUGGGCUGGAUCCCGCUGGCCUGCCUCCUGGUGUUCACCCUAGCCUUCGGGUCCGGCGUCGGCACCACCUCGUGGACGCUGGUGGCGGAGCUCCUGCCGUCGCAGGUGCGCAACGUGGGCGCGGGGAUCAUCAACACGUCGUUCAGCCUGUUUCUGUUCCUGGUGGGCCUCACGUUCCCCUUCAUGGUGGAGCUCAUGACCAUCGGCGGGGUGUUCAUCGUGUACUCCGGUUGCUCGCUCAUGGGCGCGCUCUUCGUCGUCACGUGCCUGCCCGAGACCCGAGGCCGCACCUUCGCCGAGAUCCAGAGGUCCCUCGACUCGCACGCGUCCAACGCCAUUUAGGCCGCCACCUCCCUGCUCUUCACAGGGGAGGUCAUCGCGGCCGUAAACAGAUGAGGCCUCGUCGGGAGGCUCGAGCUUGGACACUUUCAUUUAUUUAUGUCCGCGAUAGUUUCAGGUGAAAGAGA